AUGGAGCCUGACGCGCCCCAACAGGAGGCACCCACGGCCAGCCGGACACCGACACUUCUGCAGUGUAAAAGAAUGGAGGACCAAGACAGAGUCAGCCAAGCAUCGAGCGUGGCCACCAUCUCCUACUUCCCCAGAAAGGACAGCGAUGGAAAAGUGCAAACGUUUGGAAAAAGGUCUCAUUCUGUCAAAAGAGAUCCCAACUGCCCCGUGGUGAUCCGAGGGUGGCUGUAUAAGAAGGACAGUUCCGGUCUCAAACUGUGGAAGAGGAGAUGGUUCGUCCUCUCAAACUACUGCCUCUUUUACUACAAAGACAGCAGAGAAGAGUCGGUCCUGGGCAGCAUCCCUCUCCCCAGUUAUAGGAUCCUCUUCUGUACUCCACGAGAAUGUAAGAGCCGGAAGUUCACCUUCAAGGUGGUGCACCAGGGCAUGCGCUCCUACUUCUUCAGUGCGGACACUCAGGAGGACAUGCUGGGCUGGGUGCGAGCGCUCAGUCAGUCUGCAGCCAUGGACCCAGGCAGCGCCAUGAGCAGGCGCUGCUCCAGUUACCAGGACUUUACCCACAUAGGGGGCAGUAUAGAGUCUGUGGACUUGCCUCUGUCUCCCUCAGAUGGAGAGGGGCCCUCACACCGUCACGUCAGCAGGACUCUGAGUGAACCCGGGCCCCUGAGAGGGGGCCGCAUGGGAAUGUCCCACCAGGAGCCGAGGGGGAGGCGGAGUGUGCGGCACAGACACUGCAGUCCUGGAACCCGCACCCCAAGUCCUCAGCCGCGCUGCAGCCGCAGACGCCUCCCCGGCCAGGCCGACUCCGUGAUCUAUGUCCCAGUGGAGAACAGUCUCCACAGCCCUGUGGACAUGAUGGGGACCAGCUCCUUACCCUCCAGGGCCCAGCUGGGGUCCAGGCCUCACACACCAGUUGGUCGAGUCGACAUUCGGCCUCAGGACGACCCCACAGUCCUCCCUCACACGCUCUACUACGCACCUGCUUCUCCAAAACUGGAGUUCAAAUCCACUCCCACCACCCCAGUGACAGAGAGGUGGCAAAAGCCUGUGGGAACAUAUGGAUCAGUCCAUCUCAUCCCAAAUGUAAGAAGACCUUUGGGAAAGAGCUUCUCCACAGGGGCAAACACAGACUUACUGCCUCCUCUGCCCCCGUCCUCCAAAACACCACAACAUCACCACCACCAUCACCACCAUCACCGCAACCAUUUAUCUGUGUGUGUGCUGCCGCCAACGAUGUCCACGAAGCCUGAGCUGAAGGAGUGCCAGCCAAUCAGGCCGCUGGAAGGUGACGCUGAUGUUGUGUUGACGCGACUGUGUGGAUGUGACAAGCUGCUGCACUCGUUGUCGAUGGAACUGGCCCAGCUCCAAAUAGAUAAGGACAGUGUCCACUGUGCUUUAGAAGUCUCACGCCUGCAGCUGGAGGAGUGGAAUAACCAGGGCCCCCAGGUGUACGAGGAAGUAUUCACCCAGAAGGCUUUGCUGCAGGAGGACUUGGUCACCAUCCGAGCUAGAAUGUGUGAUGUUUCUCUGGAGAUGGAGAAUGUGUGGAGCCAGUACGAACGGAUGGAGAGCGAACUGUCCGUGAUCCGCUCCCAUCUGCAGCACAUCUGUAACUUUGGAGUUCCAGAGGAUCAGUCUCAGGCCCAAAGAGAGCUGUGGAUGAUGGAAGAUAUUCUGUCAGGCCUUAAAACCAACAGAGAACAUUUCCGCUUCCUUUUGGGAAUCCAGCGGCACCACAUGUUCCAGCCGCCCUCCCCUCACCCAGGAUCCCCCGUGUCCCCCACCGCGAGAGCACAGAGUGGGUCAGCCAUGGAUGUCGAUCAGGAGCCUCCAGCGCGGCCCCCACUGCCCCAGGAGCUGAGCCAGGAUCAGGACUGGACUGAGCCUCCCUCUCCCUACGAGGGGGUGUACAGCCACAGAGAAGCAGGCCACAGACGCGGACACAGCCAGCCCGACCUGCUGCAUGUGAACCCCCACACAGACUCACAAGACUCUAAUAUCUCCAAGUGCACCAGCCCAGACUCCAUCCUCACUUCCACUAAGACUAGAAUGAGUGAAGAGGAGCAGAUGGAGAGGAUGAAGAUGAACAAGCAGAAACCAGCACUAAUAAAGAGGCCACAGAGUUUGAGCGUCCAGAGCCAGCCCACCCCCUGUGCGGCGGAGGAGCAGGCGCCGUUUCCGUUGCGAGUGACUCGGGUGGUCACUGCGGUCCUGCCCUCGUCACUCGUGGCCAGGAAAGUCUCCGUGGAAGACCCCCCACCCGAACUGGACGUGCCGCUGCCGGAGCAGAUCCAGCAGGAAGCAGAGCAGGACCAGGGGCCAGAGCUGUGCCCAGACCCCGGGCUGGGAGGGGGUGCCAGCAGAACCACAGAACACAGGGCAGCAGAGGGCGGGGUCCUGUUCCCCUCAGAGGCCCACCCAGACCUGUGCUGGAGCUCAGAGCAGCGUGAGGCCAAACUCCGCCGAGUGGAGAGGAUCCGGGAGAGAGUCAUCCGCAGUGCAGUCAGGGAGAGCUCCUCCAACCAACUCCCAACUCUGUGGAGAGAGGGCCAGGCCGCCUCCCAGGGAAACCUCGACGCCACCAAGAAACUACGGCAAGCCAAAGGGCGUGAACAGGAGGAGAAAUCCAAAUGUGCCAAAAGUUUAAAACAAACAUCCGCGAGCCAGGACCCUACUGAGGAAGCCGAUCUCAGCAAAGGCAAAAGUCCUGGCGGGAACAAAACACAUCAAAAAGAUCACAGCGGACGACGUGGAGUGACCAAGGCCAAACUCAGACGUCCAGCCUCGCCAUACCAUGUGUCACCAACGUCCAUGCAGCAGAAACACGAAGGCGAUGACUGUGCGGUGAGCAAAGGCAAAGAGACGCAGAGGCCGGAAGACGGAGGAUGCAACGAAAACGGAAGCAGUAUUUCCCCCGGAGAUGUGAGAGCCCAGUGGUUCCUCUCCAACGGCCAGUGGGAAGGAACCGUCCCCCUGCAGAAGACGGACCAGGAGGAGGAGGAGAACCCAGGGACAACCAUGGAGGAGAGCCACCAGAUGUCUCCAGAGGUCAGCCAGAGCUUGGAGAAGAUGAAGCAGAACCAUUCGCUGUUUUACAAGAUCGCGUGCGACAUCAGUAUUUCGGAUUCGGACAUCACCAGGACCGACGGGGGAUCCAACAUGCAGACGAUAGCGGAGGAGUUGCAGAUCACGGAAGAGGGGGAGGAGAGCAAGGAGAAAGUCCAGCGACGAAGCAACAAUAUCGUAAAAGAGGGUAAUUGUGAGAUCAGAGAAGAGGUUCUUGGUGACAUUUCGAGUCAAGACGACCAGGUCUCAAUAAGUGACAGAACAGAAGUGAAUGAGAGCUCACAGAAUUGUACAGAUUCAAGCGGUGAGCAGACAAAGCAGGCGACAGAGAACACGACAGAAGAAAUGAAAACCUGUGAAAGUAACGGUGACCACAAUCCCAGUGAACCCAGUGAACCCAGUGAGACUGAGCAGCUGAACGGAGGCAGUCUGACCCACAACGCCUGUUUGGGAAGCACCAGAGUGACUGUGCUCAGGACCAGUCUGUGA